GUAGUUAUGUUUUAUUUUUUUAACAACUAACGAAUCUAACUAGCUACCAGAAAUACUACUAGCUAGAAGCUAGCCCGGCCAACUACAAUAUUCUAGCUUUCAGGGAUUUAUAUUUCCUUAAUAUAUACCUUGUGUGUCUAUAACUUUUGGUAGUGUCCGUACUUGUAAUUUGUGUGUGUUCUAGCUUAUUGGUAUUUUUCGUCCGUAAAACAACAUAUAUAUAACCAUAAUAUAUUACAUACCACAUAAAGCCAUCAUUCGAUUUUCUUCACGAAUUAAGGCCAGUUAUAUAUCCCCUUAUUGUCUCUGCUCCAUAUUGUAAUUUUUGGUGAUAAUUUGCAAGCUAGAUAUGUAUGUCUUGAUUUCUUUAUAAAAUCAACACCGUAUAUAUUCGCUUCAAGGACCGAGUACGUCUAUAUAUAUUAGUGUGGUGUUCUUGGCUUUGGUUUGUGAAAGUUAUAUAUAUAUAUAUAAACUUUGAUCGACUACUUACAUAUAUAACACAUAGAUGGCCCCUAUGGUGAUAAAAGCAGCUUCAUUCAAGGGGUUGUUUUUCAUGACAUCAUGCAGUUUGAUAAUUCUAAAAAUAACCUUCUUUUUUAUAACAUCUAUCCCUUCCACCACAAAAAUGAUGAUGAUUGAUUAUGAUCAUCAUCAUCAUUUUGAUAUGAAACCAGCUCAUGAUGAUCAACAUCAAGUCCUUCUCAACCAUCGUAUAUCAACUCAUAGUCACCAGUACGACGAAGCCGUUCGUAUAUUGCACGAAGAAGAAGAAGACGGUUUAAGUACUUCCAUUAUCGUUGACGAGAAGAAUUUGGCUAAUAAGGUACUGAUUGCUGAUGAUGAUCCAAGUAUAAUGGAUAGCAGAGAAGGUGAAAAGAUUCAACUACUCAUGGCAGAAAAUACUACAAGUCAUGUGGUGGUGCAUGCUGAGGGUCCUCAAUUGCCAGCUGAUCAUGAUCAACCAGGCUCUACCUCUUCAAAAGUAGUAAAGCCUUUGAAUGUAAAAGAAGUGUACCAUGACAAAGAUAUCUUCAUGGAGAACUACAAACAAAUGAACAAGAGUAUGAAAGUAUACAUUUACCCACACGCAAAAACCGACCCAUUUGCCAACGUUCUUCUACCAGCAAGUGGUUCGCCAGGAGGCAACUACGCUAGCGAGAGCUACUUCAAAAUUUCACUCUCGGUGAGUCACUUUGUCACACAAGAUCCAUCCGAAGCAGACUUGUUUUUCUUGCCUUUUUCCAUUGCAAGUAUGAGACAUGAUAAAAGAAUUGGACCACAAGGCAUUCAAACCUUCAUAAAAGACUAUAUCACGAGCAUCAGUCACGAAUACCCUUAUUGGAACCGCACGGGCGGGGCUGAUCAUUUCUACGUGGCGUGUCAUUCUAUUGGAAGGACUGCAAUGGAGAAAGUGCCCCAAGUCAGGAUCAACGCAAUUCAAGUUGUUUGCUCUUCAAGUUAUUUUUUGCAGGGUUAUACUGCACAUAAAGAUGCAUCAAUACCACAAAUAUGGCCUAGACCUGGCGUCCACCCUAGUCGUCACCCAUCCAAAAGGGAAAUGCUUGCAUUUUAUGCUGGAGCAAUGAACUCAAGGGUGCGAGAAUCCUUGGUUCAGACAUGGUUGAACGAUAAAGAAAUUGGGGUUCAUCAAAGGCGUCUCCAAACACCAUACUCCGAGUCACUCCUUGGAAGCAAGUUUUGCCUCCAUGCUAAAGGGUUUGAAGUGAACACGGCUCGUAUAGGAGAUGCAAUCUACUAUGGUUGUGUUCCUGUUGUCCUGGCCGACCAUUAUGAUCUGCCAUUUGCAGAUAUCUUGGAUUGGAGUAGCUUCUCGGUUGUUGUUUCAACAGAAGAUAUUGUAAACCUGAAGAGAAUCCUCAAAAAGAGUGUGGAUUCUGAUGAGUAUCUCAAGUUGCAGAAGAAUGUGUUGAAGGUGCAAAAGCAUUUCCAAUGGCAUCAGAAACCAGUCGAUUUUGAUACGUUUUACAUGGUUAUGUACGAGUUAUGGCUAAGGAGGAGUUCGAUCAGAAUUAGUUUAUUUUAAGUAUAAGUUGAUUGUAAUUGGAUUACUGUUACAAAAAAAAUCCCACCAUUGUUCCUACAAAAUACAUAAAAUUUAUUCAAUUUUUUAAACUUGUACAGAAUAGUUCAUAACUAA